AUGUGUCGCGUUUGCCUUCGCCACAAGUCCAUACUGCCAUGUCUACCUCCAUCACAGCAAGGCAUGCUAGAGCCUCUGAUCACCGGAAGGCCAAUGACGUCGUCGACGCCGUACCUGAGCCCUUCGGCGCCGGGAUACUUCUCCCUCCUCUAUCACUUCAUCCCCGCCAGCAAUACCAGACUCUUCCUUCUGCACGCCCUCCAUCCAACCAGUAUGGAAAUCAUGGGCGCGGGCUUCCCCCCUCGGGAAGUCUACUGUUCAAUGAACAAGCGCGACUGA